AUGAAAAAUAACAUAAAGGUUAUUUUAAUUGGUGAUGAACAAGUUGGGAAAUCAACAAUUAUAAAUUCAUUCAUUUCAGAAAGUUUUAGUGAGAUUACACAAAAAACAUUACCAGAAGUAACAAUACCAGCAGAAUUUAAUAAUGAAAUUUGUUCAACUCGUAUCAUUGAUACAUUUGAUGAUGGAAAGAAUUUAAAGAAUCAAAUGAAUAUGGAAAUUAGAACAGCUGAUGCAAUUGUAAUAGUUUACUCUGUUGAUCGUUUCGAUACAUUUAUGAGUAUUCGUAUGAAAUGGAUACCAUUAAUUAAUCAAUUAAGAGGUUCAAAUAAAUCACCAAUUAUUAUUGUUGGUAAUAAAUUAGAUUUAGUUGAUGAUAAACAUGAGAAUAAUAAAGUUCAAAUUGAAGAGACGAUUCAAUAUUUUAGAAGUACAUAUUCAAAUACUAUUCAAUGGUUAGAGUGUAGUGCAAAAACGAUGGAAAAUUUACCAGAGUUAUUAUAUGCUUCACAAACAUCAGUAUUCUUUCCAGAGCGUAUUCUAUACAAUAGGGAAGAGAAUAAAAUGACUGAAGGAUGUGAACGUGCAUUAAAGAGAAUUUUCAAACUUUGUGAUCACGAUAACGAUGGUUCCUUAUCAGAGGAGGAGAUAAACUAUUUUCAAACUAAAUGCGGUCAUGAAACUAUGACCUCUGAAGAAAUACAAAACAUUCAACAAUUUGUAUUAUCAAAAAUACCCGAUGGUGUAAACUCAAAUGGUUUCACUGAGAAAGGUUUCCUCUAUAUGAACUUGUUAUUCCUUUUGAGAGGUCCUUGUCAACAUACUUGGACCUCACUAAGAUCAUUCAAUUAUGAUGAUGAUCUUGUACUUUUGGAAUCAUAUGUUCAUCCAACCUUACAAGUACCUCCAAAUCAUAACACUAUCCUCAGUUCAAUGGGUAACGAAUUCUUUAAAUCACUCUUUGAAAAGUAUGAUUCCGAUUCCGAUGGUGUACUCUCAAGUUUCGAUUUGGUUUCUCUCUUUUCAACAACUCCAAAAAUACCUUGGGAAAUUGGUUUUGAAAAACAUUUCAAUACUGAUAAAGAUUCAAAUUUAACUUUAUCUGGUUUUUUAUCAUUAUGGAAUUUACAAACAUAUGAAAAUUAUAAAGUUACAUUGGAAUAUUUAGCUUAUUUUGGAUCACAAACUGAAAAUAAUAAUAUUGAUAUGAUUAGCAUUUUAAAUUCAAGAGAAUUGGAUAUCAAAUCAAAUCAAUUCACUAGAAAUAUUGUAAAUUGUUAUGUCUUUGGUGCUGAAGCAGUUGGAAAAACUACAUUUUUAAAUACUUUUAUUGGAAAAUCCUUCUCAACACUUUAUAAUGCAACAAAUGGUAAUGAUAAUUUCAAAGUUUGUGGUCAUCUUUUAAAAAAUAAAUAUUUAAUUUUAAGUGAAUAUGUGGGUGAAAAAAUUCCAACAGCAGAAUUAAAGAGUAAAUGUGAUUUAGUAUGUUUAUUAUAUGAUUGUAAUAGUGAACAAUCAUUUAAAUUCAUUGAAAAUAUAUAUAACCAAUUAAAACAACAACAAUUAAAUAUACCAAUCGUAUUCAUAAGAACUAAAAAUAAUAAUAAUAAUAACAACAACAAUAAUAACAAUAAUAAUAACAAUAAUAAUAAUAAUUUAAAUAAUAAUAAUAAUAAUAUUAAUAAUAAUAAUAAUAAUAAUAAUAACAAUACGACAACUACAAAUGCAAAUGUAUCAACAUCAAAAAUUAUUGAUUCAUUCUUUAAAUCUCAUAAAAAUUAUUCACCAAAGGAUUUUUCAAUUUCAAGAUCUAAUUCCAUUUAUCACGAGAUGAUGGAAACAAUUGUAAACAGCUCCUUCAAUGAUAAUUCUAAUGGUUCAAAUGGUUCAAACAAUAGUAAUAUUUUGACUUAUCUUGUUAUUGCUGCAGGUGUUGCAGGUGUUGGUUUACUUUUAAGUAAAUAUUUAGCUAAAAAAUAA